UUCUGGUUUUCGCAGUCGGGCGCGCUGUAUAAAUCACGAGCAACAUUUUCGGAUUAUAACACACAUACCGGCAUUAUUAUAUCUUGUGCCAUCAAAUGGUCUAGCAAAUCCUAAAAGUCCUAAUAUAAAAGUAAACGCUUUUUUGCAACACUGGUUGUGCACCUUAAUAUCUUUUUCAUCCGAUGAUUUACGUUGGAGAACAUAAGCACGUACAUAAUGAAUUAAGGACACUUUACGACCCUUAUUCGACCAUGGAUUGCUGCACAAACUCUUCAAAUUCCUCUCCUACACCGGCUUUUCAUGUAAUGCACAUUGAGGAAUCGAAGGUGGAUUCACUGGAGAAAAGCAUUGUUUUUCUUCGGGAACAACAUGAACAUAUGCUUAAAGGUUUACAUGAGGAAAUUGAGCAUCUGAGGAGGGCGAAUAAAGCAUUGCAGUUCCGCUUGGUUAUGUGUUGCUGCUCGACUAGCUCAGCACCCAGCAAACCCACAGAAAGUACUUGUUCUCGUUCGGUAUCCGACCUUAAGAAUGAGGUGACCGAGCUGAGACGCUUGCUGGAAGAGGAACGCAAGAAAAACGCCUUAUUAUCUCAGCAAGUGGAGACGAUACAAUCUGGUCGACAAACAGUUACGGAGAUGCAGAAAACACUAACACCACAUUCAACACUUAAAAGCACCAAAGAACAAGAGUAUGGAAACGUGCGGGUUUCGGAUAGCAGUCUGUAUGAGAGACGGCGCACUUCGACGCCGAACAGAAAACGAGGGAGCCAGAGAAAAGAUCAUCGCGCAGUAGAAAUAUCAGAAACCGACAAACUCACUCACCCCAGACAACUGCAUAGAGGCAGUACAACAAGUCGAAUACACUCGCCGGACCUGAACCCUGAAUCAUCAUCUUCAGCAAUUUUGCUAACACCGAGGACAUCUAUCAAUCCACCAGAUGGCUUCUGGGUGCGGCCUUCAGUAGCCAGCCUUCAAAACAAACUUCUGCCUCUGAACUCCAUCAGCCCAAGAGACUCUAAUGCACGCAGCACCCGUAUAACUUCAGUGAAACUACCUGUUAUCGGAAAUUCGGCCUCAAUGAAUCAGGUUGGUCCAAAUGAGGGUGGGAAUCUGAUACUCGCCACGGAUGAAGUAAUACAAGAGAACACAAAUCGGACUUCUGUAAUCAAGAGGUAUGUUAAUGUUUACGACUGCGUCCGGGUACUGUUUUGA